CUGUGUUUCUUUGAAGAAAUUCUCUUUUGACAGUUGAAACGUAAACAAUGUUAUAAAACCAAUUUGUUAAUUUCUAUUAUUAAAUUACAUUUUUCUUAUUAAACUAUAGAUAAAAUGUACACCAUAGCCUUCCACGAAGAUGUGGAGCAGAAUGUGACACAAAGAAGGCAGUUACGCGAUGCAACAAACCCGCUUGAGUUGCCCCAAGCUUUAUUUCAGAAAUAUCAUAGGGUAAACAAAGCAGCUUUUCGGUACUUGCUGGAUGUACUAACAGCGCAUACCCUGCCAGCAAAAAAGCCAUUUGCUGUUUCUCCGCUGAUAAAACUGGACGCAACUUUGCGCUUCUUUGCAGAAAGAAUACGACGUUUCUCUUGCUCAAUGCAGCCUCAGCAAAGUGGUUGGCGGAGUUAUAAAUAUUUUUGAAACUAAUCUUUGCACAAAAUGGAUCCGCUUUUGCAGAACGGCGGAAGAAAA